AUGGGGCAGCUGGGGAGGAGACGUGCGAGUCUGUGUGCCAGCCUGAAGCCUGCGGCACGGCGGGGCAGCCGGACGGCCGAGGAGGAGGAGCUGCACAUCCCGUUUGCACAGGACAGCCUGGUGAAGCAAUGGCGCUCCAUGCAGAACGUGGCAGACCGGAGCCAGGAGGAGGGCAAGGUCCCAGUCCGGAGGAACAAGUACUUCCUCAAUAUCAAUGUGGGUGGCAAGCUGUUCCACAUCGCCUGCAGAGUGGUGGCCCGGUAUCCCGUCACCAGGCUGGGGAAGCUGGCCACCUGCACCGACCCUACGAAGAAGCUGAAGCUCUGUGAUGACUACUGCGUGCAGAGGAACGAGUACUUCUUUGACAGAGACCCUUCCAUCUUCCACUACAUCUUCCACUUUUACUGCAGUGGGGUGCUGUGGAUAAUGGACGAGAUGUGCCCCAGCAACUUCGUGGAGGAAAUCGAAUACUGGGGGAUCCACCUGAAGCACUCCCAGCGCUGCUGCCGGAUCCUGUUUGAGGAGAAGCAGGACGAGCUCAGCGAGUACCUGAAGAUCCAGAAGGAGCUGGAGGCGGAGCUGGAGCCCGUGGACUCGGCAGGGCAGUUUGAGGGCAAAUGCUUGGGGAAGUUCCGCAGGGCCAUCUGGAACCUCAUUGAGAACCCGUAUUCAUCCGUCCCGGCCAAGAUCAUCGCCGUCAUGUCCAGCUUCUUUGUGCUCAUCUCCAUCGUGGGCAUGACGCUGAGCACGGUGGAGGAGAUGAAGCACAAGACGGGGAAGAAGUGGAUGGAGCAGACGGAGAUGAUCUGCGCCAUCUUCUUCACCUCCGAGUACCUCAUGCGGCUCAUCUCCUCCUCCAGCUUCAAGAACUUCCUGCGGGCGGCGCUCAAUGCCAUCGACCUGGUGGCCAUCCUGCCCUUCUACAUCCAGAUCCUCUUUGAAAACCUGGACGAAGGAGAGACGCUGUACCACGAGGAGCUGCACAAAGUGGAGAACGUGAGCAAGCUGGGCAAAGUGCUCAAACUCAUCAAGCUGAUGCGGAUCUUCCGCAUCCUCAAGCUGGCAAGGCACUCCACGGGGCUCCGCGCCUUCGGCUUCACCAUGAGGCAGUGCUACCAGCAGGUCUGCUGCCUCUUCCUCUUCAUCGCCAUGGGGGUCUUCACUUUCUCUGCUCUCAUGCACUCGGUGGAGCACGACGUGCCGGGCACCAACUUCACCAGCAUCCCCUACGCGUGGUGGUGGGCAGCGGUCAGCCUCUCCACUGUGGGCUAUGGGGACACAGUGCCUGACACGGUGCUGGGCCGGAUUGUGGCAUUUGGCUGCAUCUCCUUCGGCAUCAUCCUCAACGGCAUGCCCAUCUCCAUCCUCUACAACAAGUUUUCGGACUAUUAUGCCAAGCUGAAGGCGCACGAGAACGAGAGCAGCCUCUCCCUGAAGCUCUCCAGGCGGUUCCAUCUGAAGCAGCGCAUCCUGCAGAAGCUGUCGCAGUGCUGCUGCCCCGACCCCAGGCAUGUGGGGUGCUGA